AUGUGUUUCAAAGAAAGUGAAGAGUAUAAUAAAAUAAACGUUGCCAAACAGGCGAUUUUAAAUACGAUAACGGUUGCAGGAGAACUGGCACUUAUAUCUCCUAAAGCGUUAAUUAUCUGUGGUUCUGGACUUGGAGGUAUUGCUAAGAUUCUGAAAGGGAAAACAAUCAAGAUCCCAUAUGCCGAUAUUCCAGGAUUUUGCCAAUCAACCGUUCCCGGACAUAUUGGUUGCUUAUUGUUUGGAAGAAUAGGAGAAAACAUGGUCCCAGUUGUUUGCAUGGUGGGCAGAUUACAUUAUUAUGAAGGAUACAACUUUGAGCAGGUGACAUUCCCAGUGAGAGUUGCCGCCAGUAUGGGAAUUAAAGAAAUGAUAGCUACAAAUGCCAGUGGUGGCGUUAAUGAAACCUAUAAAGCCGGCGAUUUAAUGGUUAUAAGUGAUCACAUUAAUAUUCCUGGUCUUGCUGGCAGUCAUCCUCUUAGAGGCUCUAACCUCUCACAUUUCGGUCCUCGAUUUCCCGCAAUGUCUGAUGCCUAUGAUCUAGAGCUCAGAAUUCUGUUCUUUAAAGCUGUGAGAAAGUUAGGGAUCAACAGAACUAUCCAUGAAGGAAUAUAUACCUACUGUUGUGGUCCGUCUUUUGAGACUACUGCUGAAUGUAGAAUGAUUAGAAUGCUCGGGGGUGACAGCGUUGGCAUGAGUACCGUUCCAGAGAUAAUAGUUGCACGUCAUGCCGGAAUGAGAUGCUUCGGCUUGAGCCUAAUUACAAAUAGUGUUCUCAGCACACCACCUCCAAGCGCUAAAGAAGCCAUUUCCAAAGGCUUAACUGCUAUGGAAAUGCUUAAAAAUGGAGAUGAGAAAACUUCACAUGCUGAAGUCCUUAGAGAGGGCCAAAAUGCUUCGGAUGACGUGAAUAUUAUCAUGGAAGCAUUCGUUAACACAUUGUAA